AUGAACACCACUGAAAUAGCGGGAGAUGGAAGCAACAGUACUGACGUCAUAGAUACAGGGCCUUGUGUGCGUUUGGUUUUCAGGAAUAUAACCAUUUUUGACUGUGAACAAUUUCCUCCCAGUCUACAACUACCUUACCGGAAGAUAACCGGCCCUCAACUCGUCCUGUGGGGCGUAGUGCUGCCUAUAAUCGGAGUGUUGGGUCUCAUCUGCAACACCCUGACCUUUAUGGUGUUGCGUCGUCAUAGUCUAAACAGCACCUUCCUCGUAUUCUUGCGCGUGCUGGUCAUCUCGGAUAUUCUUGUCGUUGUUCUCGUCCCGGCCCACAGCACCAUCGAAACCUACCUGGCAUUCUCCUUCUCGUCGAAGUUCAUCUACUUCAAGGAUAAGACUACGGCGUUCGUUCUGUUGUGCCUCCAUUACUUGGCGUCGACAUCAUUCACCUGGAACGUUUGGCUCAGCGUCGUCAUCACCGUGGACAGAUUCAUCUCUCUUUGUUUCCCGCUGCGAGCGUCCAGCAUUCGCUCAACUCACUACGCCAGGCGCACCAUUGUUUUCACCACCGUCUUUGUCGUCGCCUUCCGGAUUCCGUAUUACUUGACGACCACAGUGAUAUCUUGUGGCAUCCCGGGUUGUUACAUGUACAGUUUCACGCGAAUUGGAGAGAUGCAAUGGAACACAGUGUACCGAAAAUGGCCCACAAGUUUGGUUAACUUCAUUGUUCCUCUCUGCUUGCUGUUUGCCCUGAACGCCUGCAUCUUGUACAAGUUGAACCAGUUCGCCAGUAAGAGGAAGAUGAUGAUCUCAGGAGCUCAAGAGGACCUCAACUCGGUGUCUCACCGGAAAGAACGAGAAUGGAAUCUGGCUGUGGCCCUGGUCAUCACCGUGUUCGUUGUCUGCCAAACACCCGUUUUUGUAGAGGACUUCUUCUGGUUUGACAAUGACACCCUCGGUCAAGUGUUUGUAUUUUCCGUCAAUAUUCUGAUAGUCCUGAAUUCCUCUGUAAACAUCUUUAUAUAUACGGCCAUGGGGAAGAGUUUUCGUAAGGAACUCAUGCAGCUAAUUUCUUGUAAACCCUGA